GAGAUCGUUCUCACUCUCCAUUCAUAAAUUGACUGAUGAGGUCGGUAUUCGUUAUAUGAAAAUAAGUUUGCGUUACGAGAAGAUGCCUCGCAUAAGAAAUUACAAAUUGGUUAAUUGUGACAAAUUAUGUUCUUAUUUGGAAACAUUAAAUGUAAACGAAGACGUAGAGAAUGAUUUUCUGUUAAUUUUUGACUGUCGACCACUUUUUGCGUUCAGCGAGUGCCACAUUAUCGGAUCGAUUAACGUUCAUUGUCCGAACAUUUUAAGACGACGAUAUGGAAGUCGUUUACCUCUAAGAGCCGUCGUUUCUAAAGAUUCCGUCAGAGAAAAAUUAAUCAGCGGAAUUCGAGUCAUUUUAUACGAAGAAGAAAAUGUGGAAGAGGAAGAAGAAUCAAUGGCCGUAAUCAUUGCUAAAAGUUUACAACUCGAAGCUUCCUUAUCCAGUAUUUAUUUACUAUCCGGCGGAUUUAGCCAGUUCAAAGCGAAAUAUCCUCAUCUGUGUGUAGAUUCAGGAUCGCCCUUCAAUGGCAUCUUAUUAAGUUUAACGGGAAGUCCCUUGUGUAGAACACCUCCGAUUCGAGGGAGAUUAACCAUGGAAGAGGAACCAGUAGAAUUAUUACCCUAUCUAUAUUUGGGCAGCGCUCAUCAUGCCUCUUCCAAAUCUAUUCUCUUACAUUUGGGAAUUACUGGAUUGGUCAAUGUUUCCCAAAAUUGUCCGAAUUACUUUGAAGAUACCUUCACCUAUCUAUCGAUUCCAAUAGAAGAUUCUAAUAAUGAAGAUAUAGCAAUCUGGUUUAAUCAAGCUAUCGGCUUUAUAGAACGUUUUCGUUCCGAAAACGGAAAAGUUUUAGUCCAUUGUCACGCCGGCGUUAGUAGAUCGGCCACUAUAUGCAUGGCGUAUUUAAUGGCAACUAGAAAACUGAGAAUGGAAGAAGCUUACGAAUACGUUAAAAAGAAAAGAAGAAUAGUUUCUCCAAAUUUCAAUUUUAUGGGACAGUUAUUGUCAUUCGAAGCUCAAGUGACUACAGUAAAGACUUACUCUCCAAAAUCUUUAGUAAAGCCACAAAUCGAAAAGAGCUUUAGUUUUUCUAUCGUAUCUAAUUGUUCUCCCGUUUCUAGUCCAUGUCCAUUUGUUCGAGAGAGUUUUACUAGUUGCAUAUGUUAAAAAAAAAGUAUUCUUUUCGUAUUAUUCUUGUUUAAAGUUCGUGUUAUUGUUUUAUAAAGUUGAAAUUUUCAAAUUUUAGCCAAUUUAAUGAGUAGAUAGGCCUACUUGUUAAACACAUGAACAUAUUGUAAAUACGAGUAGUUGUAAUCUCACGAGUAGAUUAUCUUCAGAAUUAUUGACUAAAAAGCCGAGCGAAUAAUUCGUGACUGUAGAAUAAAAUUUAAAGUAUACAUAUAGUUACUUUAGAAGAAAAUUAUUUUCCAAACUAUUUUCAAGUUUACGAAGUUAAACUGAAAAUUUUAUUAAAAUUAGAAAUGUUAUAGAAAUAUAUAUCAUAUACAGGAGUCAAGAGUAUCAUUUUACUUAAAUUUUUACUCAAAAUCACAUUUAAUUUAUAUUUUUAUAUAAUGUCAUUUUAUACAUAACAUAUAUAUAUUUAUAUAUAUUUUCUAAAUUUAUGGAAAUUUUUUUCGUAAUUCGCUCGGCUGACAUGUUUAAAUUACAGUAUUGUUGAUAGAAUAUUGCUCAUAUCUUGUAUUAUAAAAUGAUACCUCUCAUAUAAAAUUGUGAUAAUUAAUAUGUACAAUCAAAACAAUAGAAAUGGAUGUUGGUUUUAUCUCAAAUGUUUAUAAUUUCAUUGUAUCGUUUGUUAAAUUGUGUACAUUGUUUAUAUUUCGUAUUGUGCAGCUCUUUUUUAUGCACAUAUUGUCUAGUCACACCAUGUUUGAAUUUAAUUAAAGAUCUUAAAAUA